AAUAGCCAGAUCAGAUGACUGCAUAAUACCAACAGUGAGGUUCAGUGAAGUAUCACCGUCCGGGUAUAUUUUCACCUCUGAUUCUAAAAUGUAUUGGUGCUUCUUGUUGGGUCUUGCUCUGGUUGUUUCUCCAUUAAAUGGAAGCGUCCUGGAGCUACAGCAAAACGCUUGUCCCAAUUCCUGGUACAGCUUCAAAGGCCGCUGCUACAAGUAUGUUGGUAGACAAAUGACCUGGGCUGAUGCUGAGCUCCACUGCUUAUCAGAGGGGGGCAACCUGGUGUCCAUCCACAGUCUGGAAGAACACAACUUUGUCAAUUUCAUGAUCAAGAGCUUUGAUCCUUCUCAGGCCUUCACCUGGAUUGGACUCUCUGAUAUUCACAAGGAAGGAUCCUGGAUGUGGUCAGAUGGGUCUAAGGUGGACUUUCGUUAUUGGGAUGCAGGACAACCAGAUAAUGCAGGUGGAAAUGAACACUGCGGACACACCAACAUGUUCACGUUUCAUAAAUGGAACGAUUAUGUCUGCUCCAAUACAUACGCUUUUGUCUGUGCAAAAGAAAAAGAUUGUAAGUAGCAGCAAAGAGAAACCUUUGAUUCUAUUGUACGACUUAAACCUGUUCUGAAGUCAUGAAAUAUGAGUAAAAAAUUGAAGAUUGUGUAAGAUUUUUGUGAAUUGUUUUGCCGAUAAAAAAUAAAAUGUUAUAGCAAAA